CGCAUCGACAAUUCAAUUUACCAGUCCGUUGAUCAUUCAAGUACCAGAUUGAUCUUCUUCCGCGCUGUUUAUCACCAUUCAGUCGAUGCGACAUGGCUUUCAACAUUCGUACGGGUCCUGCCCAUACCAUGCGCAGCCCGGCAGUGGUUUCUCCUAGUUCACAGAAGCCGGAUUCGACCUCGAUCAAGGGCUUUAGGAUAAGCACGCAGAAAUUGCCGAUUCUGAAAGCCGAGCCUAUCGAAGAGAUGUCAAAUACUCUCGGGAUUGCGCCACCGGAAAUGAUUUUUGGGGAUAACUUUGUCAAGAUUGAGCACCAAAAAACGGGCUGGGGGAUCACCUUCAAUGCAUUUGAUGCGUUGGAUCGCGUCGAUAAGACUGGAGAAUCGAUGCUUAAAGUAGCAUAUUCAAAGGAAUGGCAGAAAAGCAGAGAAAUAACACACGAAGGCAUCAAUGAAGUUGUCAAACCAUUUGACUGGUCGUACACUACAGACUAUAAGGGCACUGUUCAUCCCAAUAGUCGACAAUUUGAAGAGACAACCAAACAAAUCCCGAUCGACUUAUUAAAACGCCCAGAUCCAAUAUUAUUCUUUGAUGAAGUGAUCCUGUAUGAGGAUGAACUGGCUGAUAAUGGGAUUACCAUGCUAUCAUGCAAGAUUCGCGUUAUGCCAGACAGACUCCUUCUACUACUGAGAUUUUUCAUGAGGCUUGACAAUGUUCUAUUCCGACUUCGUGACACAAGGGUAUACGUCGACUUCGAAAGCAUGGAGGUGAUUAGAGAAUAUCAAUCCAAGGAAUGUGAAUAUGAUAAAGUCAGACAGACCCUGGCAACAACACGAGACGAUGUUCCGGCCGCUUUGAGAGAUGCAAACAAACUUUCGGAUAAACUUCCUCUUGUUGAAAGGCACUUAGAGCGAGUGUCAUUAAGGGAGUAGUGGCGCAACGUCUAGCUGCUGCUUAACCUUCCACCAAACCCAACGAAGUGAUCCAAUUGUAGCUGUUGGUGGAGUCUAAGAAGCCUGACGACAGAGACUCAGAUGCAAAAAGGAUAAAGGAUCAGAUGAUCAAACCUAUUCGGGCACCACAUUCAAGGCUGACAUGACCAUCUUUAUGAACAACAGGAAGCACUUGCUAUGUCGUGUCAUGAGAACAGUUGAGAGCAUAUAUCAUGAACGGCACAGUUCCAGCCUGGUUACGCAGAUGAUAUGUAAAAUACAAUCACCAUGUUUAUAUAAGUAAAUACUACAGAGUACUUUUCCGAGCAGUACUACAGGGGUAUGUACAUAAUUAAAGAGCGAAAAGAGACGGUCCAAUGGGGGUGCAUUCUUUUGAGAUAUUGACAAACACUGCAAACCAAGGCGGUGGUCGGCGUUGAGAAAAUAAUGAAAUCAUAUCGGAGAGUACGGAGUACAUCUGCG